AUGCCUUCAUACUCCAAGUUCUUGAAAGAUAUUCUCACCAACAAGAGGAAGCUUAAUGAUGAUCUUAUCACUCUCCCCCAUCAAGUGAGUGCACUUGUUCAGCAUAAGAUGCCCAAGAAGCAAAAGGAUCCGGGAAGUUUCACUUUGCCGGUAAAGAUUGGGAACAUGGAAGCUAGGGGUGCCUUAGGCGAUCUUGGAGCAAUGAUGGAUAUGGAGGAGGAUGUUGAUACUCCCUUGAUUUUGGGUCGUGAAGCUCUUAAGACUUUGGGGGCGGUGAUCAAUUGCAAGAACAACACCAUUACAUGUGAGGUAGCCGAUGAAAAGAUUAUUUUUGAGUUCUCUAAGCUACUCAAGACCCCCAUGGUUGAGAAGUGCUAUAGGGUUGAUGUGUGA